AUGCCGUUAGCCUCACGAACUAUUCCAAAUCCUAGCAAUGAAGCGAAUCAUCCAACCUCUCCUCCUCGAAAAACCCACUCGACUCGAUUCUGGAUUACUAUCAUCUCUCUUUGUCUUCUCGCGUUUGUCUCUGCCCUUGAUGUUAUGAUCAUCACUACUGCUCUCCCAACAAUUGUACAAGACGUUGGAGGCUCUACCCAAUAUACCUGGAUUGCUAACUCUUUCGUUUUCGCGUCAUCUGUCGUUCAACCUUUAGUCGGCCAAUUGGCCAAUACUCUUGGCCGCAAGACCCCCAUCCUAGGGUCCAUUAUCUUCUUCACGGUUGGCAGCACAAUUGCGGGAGCAGCUUACAACAGCGCCAUGAUCAUUGCAGGAAGACCAACCCAAGGACUUGGUGCUGGGGGCAUUUAUGUCUUGAUCGAUAUCGUCUAUUGUGAUCUGGUACCGCUCCGCAACCGUGGGACAUAUCUUAGAAUCGUCAAUUCUUGGGCAGGCAUUGCGGCUGCUCUAGGUCCCGUUUUAGGCGGCAUUCUCGGCGAGAGGAACUGGCGAUGGAUAUUCUUUAUGAAUCUCCCAAUCUAUGCACUACCGCUGAUCACAAUAUUUUCUUUCAUAGACCCAAAAUCGGGCAGCGGAAUUGCCAGUAUCAGAAAUCUUGAUUAUUUUGGGAACUUCAUUUUCAUUCCAAGCAUGGUCGCAUUCAUAUUUGCGUUGGUGACCGGAGGGAGUGAAUACCCUUGGUCUUCCUGGCGUAUUAUUCUUCCUUUGGUCCUCGGAGUCAUUGGCUGGAUUGGAUUUCAUAUUCAACAACACUAUUUCGCGAGCAAUCCUAGUAUACCAACACGGCUAUUUAGUAACCGAACUUCAGCUGCUGCGUACGCCUUGGCAUUUUUGGGUAGUCUUCUGCUUCAAAAAGCCGGGCUAUUUCUUCCCGUUUACUUUCAAGUUGUUCUCACUACGACGGUAUUUGAUUCCGGCAUUUACUUCCUCCCUCUAGCGAUAGGAACACUAUUCUCCGCUGCCAUUACAGGCAUCUUACUUACAAAAACUGGUGCUUACCGACCCUUGCAUGCUGCCGCUUUCGCCCUUUCAAUUCUUGCGUAUAGUCUUUUCACACUGCUAAAUCGAAACACUCCAAAAGUUACUUGGGCAUUUUUCGAGCUUAUCAUCGCAGGGGGGCUAGGAAUAACUAUUUCCGUUAUCCUUCCUGCUAUCCUUGCUGCCCUGCCAGAGUCGGAUGUGGCAUCUGCAAUUGCAGCCUUCUCAUUUAUCAAAACAUUCGGGUUUAUCUGGGGUGUCACUAUCCCUUCUGUGAUUUUUAAUGCAGUAUUUAACGACAAUUUGUCUCUUACAUCUUCAUUAGAUUUGCGAAAACACCAAGCACGUAGUGUAUCCGAGACCCUAGAUCCAGAUGUAUGGGAUCAGGUUGUACAAGUUUAUAUCGUCAGUCGAGUGAGUGUUGUUGCACUUCUCUUAGUUGGAGCGGAGAGGGGCUUGGAGCUGUCCACUGAACUGAAAACUGAGUACGGUCUCAACGAAGAAAAGGGAAGUGAUGAAGCUCAUAACACUAAAGAGAAUCCAGGCCCGUAG